GCUUAAGCCUUUCAUCAUGCCUGGUCACGUCAAACUCGGUAAUACUGGGGAGCCCGAUCCCGAUCCAAUGCCUUACUUGGUGGUGAGUCAGGAUAUGAGACGGGCAGAUAUGAACAAGCCGUAUGAUCCGAGGAAGUCUGUGUGGGCACCUGCUCCAGAUGGUGGAUUUGUGGAGGCAAUGCUGGAUUCAGAGGCCGGUGGCAAGACCACAGUCUAUGUGGGGCACGAGAAAAAAGUUUUUAAAAGUGAGCAAAUUGGCCAGAUCAAUCCUCCCAAAUUCGAGAAAUGCGAGGACAUGGCCAACUUGACUUAUCUCAAUGAUGCCUCUGUAUUCUGGAACUUGAAGACCCGGUAUCAGGCUAAGCUCAUUUACACCUACUCGGGACUCUUUUGCGUGGUGGUGAACCCUUACAAACGAUUCCCCAUCUACACCCCAACCGUGGUCAAGGUGUACCUUGGGAAAAGAAGGAACGAGGUGCCUCCUCACUUGUGGGCCAUCACGGAAACGGCAUAUCGCAACAUGCUUCAGAAUACCAAGGAUCAGUCCAUGUUGAUCACUGGUGAGUCCGGAGCCGGAAAGACCGAGAACACCAAGAAGGUCAUUUCCUACUUGGCCAUGGUGGCCUCGUCAGGCAAGAAGAGUGGCAAGAAGGUUUCACUUGAGGACCAGAUCGUGGCUACCAAUCCCAUCUUGGAGUCCUAUGGUAAUGCCAAAACAUCCAGGAAUGACAAUUCCUCCCGAUUCGGUAAAUUCAUCCGUAUCCAUUUUACCACCACCGGAAAACUGGCUGGUUGUGAUAUUGAGUCCUACCUGCUGGAAAAGUCUCGAAUCACCCAACAACAAGAGGUCGAGCGAUCCUACCAUAUCUUUUACCAAUUGCUCAUGCCGUUCGUGCCCGACAUGAAGGCCAAAUGCGAGUUGUCCGACGACAUCUACGACUACAGCUACGUGUCUCAAGGAAAAACUUCUGUGGCAUCCAUUGAUGACAAUGAGGAGCUGGAAUACACCGACAACGCCUUCGACAUCUUGGGAUUCUCUGAGACUGAGAAGUGGGAUUGCUUCAAGCUCACAGCUGCUGUCAUGUCGAUGGGAGAAAUCAAGUUCAAGCAAAAGGGUCGUGAUGAGCAAUGUGAGCCUGACGGCCUUGAGUGGGCCACAAAGGCUGCUACCCUUUGCGGAGUGGAUGCCGAGGGUCUUCUUAAGGCCUUUGUUAAGCCUCGCAUUAAGGUUGGAACGGAAUGGGUUACCAAAGGUCAGAACAUUGACCAAGCAACCAAUGCCGUUGGGGGUAUUGCUCGAGCAAUCUAUGAUCGCAUCUUCAAGUGGUUGAUCAGCAAGUGUAACGAAACACUAAUUGACCCUACAAUGAAGAAGUCCCACUUUGUGGCUGUCUUGGAUAUCGCUGGUUUCGAGAUCUUUGAGUACAAUGGCUUCGAACAAAUCUCCAUUAACUUUGUCAAUGAGAAGCUUCAACAAUUCUUCAACCAUCACAUGUUUGUAGUGGAACAAGAGGAAUAUAUCUCUGAGGGCAUUGAUUGGGCUAUGGUGGAUUUCGGCAUGGAUUUGGCUGCUUGCAUCAUCAUGUUUGAGAAACCAAUGGGCAUCUGGGCCAUUCUGGAGGAGGAGUCUCUCUUCCCCAAGGCCACUGACAAGACCUUUGAAGAAAAGGUAAAGGCUCAACAUUUGGGCAAGUCGCCUCCAAUGGCCAAGCCUCAGUCCAAGACGGACAAGAAUGCUCACUUUGCCAUCAUUCAUUAUGCUGGCAUUGUUUCCUACAAUGUCACUGGAUGGCUGGAGAAGAACAAGGAUCCUGUCAAUGACACCGUUGUGGAUCUCUUAAAGAAGGGUAGCAACGCCCUUUUGGUUCAUCUGUGGUUGGAUCACCCUGGUCAGACUGCUCCACCUCCAGCUGAUGACGCCAAGGGUGGCAAGAAGAAGAAGAAGGGAGGCGGAGCCAAAACCGUGUCUUCCGUCUAUUUGGUUCAAUUACAAUCUCUUAUGACUACCCUGCAUAGUACAGAGCCCCAUUUUAUCCGUUGUAUCGUUCCCAACACCCACAAGCAACCGGGUGGAGUUGAACCUCAACUUAUCAUGCAUCAGCUCACUUGUAAUGGUGUGCUUGAGGGUAUUCGCAUCUGUAUGCGAGGAUUCCCCAACAGAAUCCAGUAUCCAGAUUUCAGGCAACGAUAUCAGGUUUUAGGAGGUGCUAAAUCCAAUUCCGAAAAAGAUCCGAAAAAGUGUGCCCAAAUUAUUUUGGAAGCCACCGAAGGCUUUGAGCCUGAGAAAUACCGCUUAGGCCACACCAAGGUGUUCUUCAGGGCCGGAAGCUUGGCUCUUCUGGAAGAGAAGAGAGAUGAAAUUGUGACGGCUCUCAUUCGCAAGAUCCAGGGAGGCUGCUUUGGGUUUAUGAGCAGGAAGGACUUUGCCAAACGCAAGGCCAAACGGGAUUACAUUACGGUUAUCCAAAGAAAUUUGAGGAAGUACAAAGAGCAUAAAGAUUGGAAUUGGUUUAUGAUUAUUCAGAAGACCAGACCCUUGAUUGGCUUGGUAAACGUGGAAGAGGAAUUGAGAGUUUUGGAAGAAAAAGCUAAUGAAGCCUAUGGAUUUUAUCAAGAUCAAUUGAACACCAAGGCAAAAUUGGAAGAAGAAAACAACGAGCUUUCGGCUGAAUUGGAAGGUUUGAGGGCCACUAUUAGGCAUGAGCAAGGCGAUUUGGGAGCUUAUCAAGAGAAAAUGGCCAAGUUUUCGGCCCAAAAAGCAGAUCUUGAGAUUCAGUUGCAAGAAAACCGCCAAAAACUUGAACGUGAAGAAAGGGCUCGUCAAAAUGCAACUGAAGAAAAAAGAAAUUUUGAGCGAGAGGUUGGGUCGGUCAAACAGGAAGCGAGCGAGAUGCAAGCCAGAUUAGACAAAUCAUCUCAGGAGAAGAACAAGUUGGAUCAGAUGCUCAGAGGCCUUAACGAUGAAGUUGUUCAUCAAGAUGAGGUUAUUUCCAAGCUGAACAAAGAAAAGCGUCAUCUGUCCGACAGUAUGAAUAAGUUCAACGACGAAUUGGCUACCAAUCAAGAUAAGUUCGCACACUUGAACGACGUCAAGGCUAAAUUGGAAAAGACAUUGGACCAAAUGGAUAGCGCUUUGGAAAACGAGAAGCGAUUGAAAUCCAACGUGGAGAAAGAACGCCGUCGUAUGGAAGGCGAGCUGAAAAUUUCCCAAGAAUCUGUCCUAGAUCUAGAACGUGGGAAAAGAGAGUUGGAACAAGCCAUCCUCAGGAAGGAUACCGAGAUCCAUCAAAUGAUCACCAAUCUGGACGAUGAGCAAGCAGGCAUGAAUCGAAUCCAAAAGAACAUCAAGGAACUCCAAGCCCGGGUGGAGGAACUCGAGGAGGAAUUGGAAGCUGAGAGGCAAGGCCGCGCCAAGGCCGAGAGACAACGUCAAGAUCUGGCCAGAGAAUUGGAUGAACUAGCCGAGCGUUUGGAAGAGUCCUCUCACGCUACUGUAGCGCAAAUGGAGCUCAACAAGAAACGCGAGAGUGAGAUUAUGAAACUCAGGAAAGACGUCGAGGAGAUCAAUAUCCAACAUGAGGCCACUCUCAUUAGUUUGAGGAGGAAGCAUCAAGAUGCCGUGGCUGAAAUGUCCGACCAAAUUGAUCAGCUCAAUAAAUUGAGGGCCCGAAUCGAAAAGGAUAAGGGAACUGUUCGUAUGCAGUUGGACGAUACUCGAGCCGCCACGGACCACGUGAAUCAUGACAAGUCCGUGGCUGAGAAGAACCUGAAGGCCUUGGAUGGACAACUCAUGCAACUUCAAAAGAAGAUUGAUGACCAUGUGGCAGCUUUGGUAGACUACGAGAAUCAGAACAAACGAUUGACAUCAGAAAAUGCCAAUUUGUUCACACGUUUGGAAGAUUUAAUGGGCAAUGCCUCCAUCCUGCAAAAGGUCAAGAUUCAGUUGGCGAGCCAAUUGGACGAUGCGAAGCGAAACUGCGACGAAGAGGCCAAGGAGCGUCAAUCUUUGUUGGGACGAUUCAGGACCCUGGAGCACGAAUAUGAUGGGGUCAAGAGCCAUUGCGAUGACGAGAUCCAACAGAAGGAGGAAGUGGCUCGUCAAAUGGCCAAGGCUAGUGAUGAGUGCAAUCUGUGGCGAAUGAAGUACGAGAAUGACAUCCUGAUUAAGGUUGAGGAGCUUGAGGCCACCAAAAUCAAGCUUCAGGCCCGCUUGGCCGAGGCUGAGAGCACCAUGGAGAGCUUAAAUGGCCGACUGAUGGCUCUUGAGAAAUCCAAGGAUGCGACGGCCAAGGAGAUUGAAGAAAUGGCCAUGCGUGUGGAUCAGGCCAAUGUGCUCUACAAUCAGGCCGAACGGAAGAUCAAGAUGAUGGACGCAGCUAUCGCCGAAUGGAAGAGCAAGGCUGAUAGUGCUUCAAUGGAGCUGAACAACAGUCAAAAGGAGUGUCGAAACGCUUCAGCCGAGCUUUUCAGAGUCAAAAAUGGCUACGAAGAGGCUGCUUCGCAAUUGGACGAGGUCAAGAGAGAAAAUAACAACUUGAGUGAAGAAAUCAAGGACCUGAUGGAACAAAUCUCCGAAGGGGGUCGAUCUAUUCACGAAAUUGAAAAGCAGAGAAAGAAACUUGAGUCAGAGAAGUUCGAGCUCGAGUCUGCUCUGAGUGACGCUGAAGGUGCUUUGGAACAGGAAGAGAACAAGCUUUUGAGGCUAAACUUGGAGGUGAAUCAGGUGAGAGCGGAUAUCGAGAAGAGGAUCCAGGAGAAGGAGGAGGAAUUCGAAGGUACCAAGAGGAAUCAUGCCAAGCAACUCGAGCAAAUGCAAUUCAACAUUGAAGCAGAGUUGAAGGCCAAAGCGGAGGCGAUGAGGAUGCGCAAGAAACUCGAGCUUGAUGUGACAGAAUUGGAAUCUGCCCUCGAGCACGCCAGUCUUGCCAAUAUGGAAUUGCAGAAGAACAUCAAGGGUUAUCAAGAAAGGAUCAAGGAACGAACCGCUCAAUUCGAGGAGGAGCAACGAGCCAAAGAUGAAGCUCGAGACAUGAUGCUGGCCGCCGAGAGACGAGCAGGAUCCCUUCAGAAUGGUCUGGAAGAGGCCAAGACCAUGCUGGAUCAAGCUGAUCGUGCUCGAAAGCAAUCUGAGCAAGAGCUCUCCGACACCAAUGAGACUUUGGCCGAUCUAACUGUUCAGAAUCAGAGUCUGAACUCUGCGAAGAGAAAACUGGAUCAAGAUCUUGGUGAUCUUCGGGGCGAGGCUGACGAGGCCGCGUCUGAUGCGCGGAUGACCGAGGACAAAGCCAAGAGGGCCAUGUUGGAUGCUGCCAAGAUCGCCGAGGAACUUCGAUACGAACAAGAAUUUGCCCAAGCCCUUGAGAAGGAGCGAAAAGACAUGGAAGCCCGGGCCCACGAAAUCCAAGUGCAAGUUGACGAUGCCGAGCAGAAUGCCAUCAAAUGGGGUCGGAAGAUGGUGGCCAAGUUGGAUUCCAGAGUCAAGGAACUCGAAGCCGAAUUGGACACGGAACAACGACGUCUGGGAGAUGCCACCAAGAACUUCAGAAAAGCGGAUCGCGGCAUCAAGGAGUACACUUUCCGACAAGAGGAAGAUCGUAAGAAUGCGGAACGAAUGCAAGAGUUGGUGGAUAGAUUGCAAAACCAGGUGCGCAACUACAAGAAGCAGAUUGAAGAGGCGGAGGAGAUUGCUGCGUUGAACUUGGCCAAAUACCGAAAAGCUCAGGUUGAGUUGCAAGAGUCGUUGGAGCGCGCUGAUUUAAAUGAGCAAGCUUUAGCCAAGUACAGAGCUCGUGGCCGAUCUGCCUCCAUUGCCAGAGACUUCUGAAUACAACCUGAAUUUUUGUUAGAAUAUUUGUUUGGUUACAAACGCUUAGGUUUAAGGAAUUUUGCUUGAAAAAAGUCAGCCAAUCGGCGUUUGCUUUCUUUCAUGAAUCGGAAUGGAAUGAUCACCUAUAUAUCCACGUAAAAAGUAUAUGAUGAAAUACAAUGCAAUUAGCCCUCUC